GAUAUGACACCGUGAAGACGCCUCAUGAGUGCGAGUGUGUGAAGAAAGAUGGACAUGAAGAGACACAAACACCCCUCCAAGUGGUUCGGCAGCCUGGUCAACCUCUCCUUUCGCCGAAAGUCCGCCAAACGGGAGGCGGCCCCGGUGCACCAUGGGUCAGCUGACGACAUGGAGUCCGGCCCCCAGCGCCGAGGAUACGCCUGCUCCAGUGACAUGUACACGCAUGUGGGCACCGUGCCACGCGGCGACAGGCGGCGCAGGAGCAGUCAGGAGACGGAGAAGACCAGGGCUGAGACCAUGGAGGACCAGGAGGAGGAGGGAGCAAGCGGCUGGGCGAGGACGAGGGAACACGUGCGAGACUCCCCCCUGCUCAGCGCUCUAUCCGGCCUCAGCCUCCACAGUCCAAACCCGCCUCCGAGGGCGUCUGCAGCCACCCGGCCGCUGCCCGCUACACCUUCACCUUUGACCCCUGACAGCAGCGACCCUCGUUGGAGCCAGGAUGCCGAGGGCCCCCUCCAUGCGGCCCCGUCCACUGUGACCAUGGCCGGCCCAAGAAGUCCCGCUCAGGACGUGUACGUGCCCAUGGACCCCAUCAAUGAAGACCACCACGGACACGUGCACGAGCGAGGGCUCACGUGCACGCGGGAGACCUCAAAGGAAGAGGAAGACAUGCACAGCCAGUGUGACGUGGCAGAGAGCAGUAAUGAAUAUGUGAAGUUCUCCAAGGACAAGUUCUGGUUGGAGCCGCCGUCGGAGGACCUGAAGAAGCAGCUGGAGGAGGAGCUGAAGCUCUGCAGCUCCAACCUGAGGAGCCAUGCCUGGUACCACGGACCCAUUCCCCGGGAGGUGUCAGAGAGCCUGCUGUCCAACCAUGGCGACUUCCUCAUCAGGGACUCUGAUUCCAGUCCGGGGGACUUUGUCCUGACGGCUCGCUGGGACCAGAAGACCAACCACUUCCCCAUCAGCAAGACGCUGAAGACCCGGGUCCAGUACAGUCUGGAUCGGGAGUCCUUCGACUCGAUGCCCGCGCUCGUUCGCUUCUACGUGGGCGGCCGAGGGCCCCUGACCUGCUGGAGCCCCGCCCAGAUCCACCGGCCGGCCAACCGGACGCUGCCACUGAGCUACCUGGAGACGGUGUUUGGCGCCGCCCUGGACCCGUGUCCCAUCCCCCCGAAGGAGCGUGGCGAGCGACCCCAGCAACACCUCCGCUCCGAUGAAAAGACCCGCCUCCCAGCUGAAAACAAUCUUCCGUCCAGAAGCUCGACUCUUUCCCUCGCAGGAAGUGGGGAACCAGUCGUUUCUUGCACGGCGCCCAUCAGCGCUCCAGCCCUGCGGCCGGAAGCGGAGCGGGACGGCGCUCCAGCCCUGCGGCCGGAAGCGGAGCGGGACGGCGUGCAGCCGGAUGCGGAUGGCAGCUGCUACACGGAGCUAUACCCGGGCCCGCAGAGCUUCGUGGAAAGGCUGCGUGCGGAGGAGCGCCCGCUGGGGGCGGAAGGCGUCCACUCCCCUCCCGUGGUGGAGACGGUGUCCUCCAUCAGGCCAGCCGGGUACCGGUCGGCGCUGAUGCCCGCAGAGAACAAGCCUCUGGAAGUGGGCAUCCUGCAGAGGGUGAAGGCCAUCUUGGCCCAGGUGGACCCGAAGACGGCGGCACGGCACAUCACCAAGUGCGACUGCACGUUGGCUCGGAUACUGGAGGUGCGGCCGGAGGUGCAGAGGAUGAUGGGAGUCAGCUCCGGGGUGGAGCUGCUCACGCUGCCGCACGGCCAACGCCUCCGAUUGGACCUGCUGGAGAGGCUGCACGUCAUGGCCACCACGCUGGCCGUCAACCUGCUGGGCUGCACCGGCACCGCCGAGGAGCGGGCGGGCCUGCUGCACGGGAUGAUCCGGACGGCGGCCGAGCUCAAGAGCAACAUGGGCAACAUGUUUGGGUUCGCCGCCGUCAUGAGGGCGCUGGAGCUGCCGCAGGUGACGCGUCUGGAGCACACCUGGGCGACAUUACGGCAGCGGCACACAGAGGGCGCCAUUCUUUACCAGAAAACUCUGCGGCCCUUCAUGAAGAGCCUGAAUGAAGGCAAAGAAAGCUGUCCUCUGUCCAGCACCAGCUUCCCGCACGUGCUGCCCCUCCUCUACCUGCUGGAGAGAGGCGUGGCGCUGGGCGAGGGGGCGGAACCUUGGGAGACGGCAGAGGACGGCGUGGACGUGGUCAUGUUGCAUCUCGGGGCGGCCAGGACUGUGGCACAACUGGGGGACGUCUACAGGUCCAACGCUGAGAGCAAACUGCAAGAGCUGGAGUGGGACCUCUACAAGAACGUUUACGGCCAACAUCUGGCUCAGGACAUCAUCUCUGAGGAGGUCGUCAAGUUCCUUCAGAAUAAAAGCCCGGAAAAACCCCUGGUUCUGUCCUUCCACGGCUCCUCCGGGACCGGGAAGACGCUGGUCAGCUCCAUGCUGGGGAGCCACUUGUACGGCUCGGCCAUGAGCAGCCCGUACGUGCACCGCUUCAUCCCCGCGCUGCAUUUCCCCUCCGCCGGCGAGGUGGACCAGUACCGGGUGCAGCUGAAGAACUGGGUCCAGGGGAACCUGACGGCGUGCGCUCGCUCCGUCUUCAUUUUUGACGAGAUGGAGAGAAUGCCACGCGGACUCCUCGACGUCCUGGAACCUUUUCUGGGUCCCUCGCACGUGGUCUUCGGCACCAACUACCGCAAAGCCUUCUAUGUCUUCAUCAGCACGGCGGGCGAGGACGUGGUCAACAGAGUGGCCCUGGAACACCGCCGGGCGGGACGCGACCGAGAGGAGAUCACGUCGUCCGACCUGCAGGACGCCGUCGCUCAGGCCGUCUACGACAACAACUCCAGCGGCCUCUUCCAGUCGUCCAUCAUCCGGCACAAGCUCAUCACGUCCUUCGUGCCCUUCCUGCCGCUGAGCCGCCGCCACGUGGAGCGCUCGCAGCUCUGCCAGCUCGGCGCCUGCCAGCGCAGUGACGUGGUGCGGGCGGUAGGGGGCGACAUGACGUACACGCCGGCGCCGGGACACUUCUUCUCGGCCAGCGGCUGCAAGAGCGUCACCGCCAAGAUCAACCUUUUCCUCUGACCCUCAGCCAAAGUCUAGUGGACCAGAAGCUGUCCGGCAAGGACCUCCAAGUCCAACCUGGUUCAUGGAGUCCACCGUGUUGUUGGAAGAAACUCCACCAGUUCCCAUUGGAUCCACUUGAAGGACUUUGUGUCGAUCCAAACUCGGAAGGACCACGUGAAAAAAACUCUACCAUGGAAGAAACUCCACCAGUUCCCAAAGUUCCCAUUGGAUCCACUUGGAGGACUUUGUGUCGAUCCAAACUCGGAAGGACCACGUGAAAAAAACUCUACCAUGGGAGAAACUCCACCAGUUCCCAAAGUUCCCAUUGGAUCCACUUGAAGGACUUUGUGUCGAUCCAAACUCGGAAGGACCACGUGAAAAAAACUCUACCAUGGGAGAAACUCCACCAGUUCCCAAAGUUCCCAUUGGAUCCACUUGAAGGACUUUGUGUCGAUCCAAACUCGGAAGGACCACGUGAAAAAAACUCUUACCAUGGGAGAAACUCCACCAGUUCCCAAAGUUCCCAUUGUAUCCACUUGAAGGACUUUGUGUCGAUCCAAACUCGGAAGGACCACGUGAAAAAACCUCUACCGUGGGAGAAACUCCACCAGUUCCCAAAGUUCCCAUUGGAUCCACUUGAAGGACUUUGUGUCGAUCCAACCUCGGAAGGACCACGUGAAAAAAACUCUACCAUGGGAGAAACUCCACCAGUUCCCAAAGUUCCUAUUGGAUCCACUUAAAGGACUUUGUGUCGAUCCAAACUCGGAAGGACCACGUGAAAAAAAAACUCUACCAUGGGAGAAACUCCACCAGUUCCCAAAGUUCCCAUUGGAUCCACUUAAAGGAGUAUUUGUCGAUCCAAAUUCUGAAGGACCACAUGAAGAACCUCUACCAGAACGUCAUCGUCUUUCAAGGACUUUUUGAUCUAAAGGAAAAAUCAGAAUGACUAUUUUUUUUAAACCCAACUAGCAGCAGGAUGAACUGAAGGGGGUGUAGUUCGCCUCCUUCACCAGCAGAGGCCGCCACAGGUGGUGAUUGACGUCUGAACUUCAGACCAAGAUUUGGUCCUCAUUUUUAAUCUUUGCCUUCAUGUCUUGUUUUUGUUGCCAUUUCAGAACCACAUCACAACUGCUACCUGCUCAAUAAACUCAGAAAAGUAUUUUUAAAA